AUGGAGCCCCGGUACGGGACUCGCGACCCCCCCAGUCCGGCUCACCGGGAACCCCCGGCGCCCCACGCCCGGUUCCUGCUGCUGGUGGUGGUGGUGCUGCUGCUGCGUUGGCCCGCGGCCUGGCCCCCCGCGCCCCCCGCGCCCCCCCCCGCCGCCGCCUGCGCCCCCAAUGCCAGCUGCGCCCCGCCGCCCCCGCGGGCCCCGCAGGAAGCCUCCACGCCGGCCGCCGCGGGGCUGCGGUCCACGGCCCGCGCCCACAGCCCGCGCCCCUCCUGUGGCUUCUCCUACGAACGCGACACCACUCUCAGAGACCCCGAGGCCAUGGCCAAGAGGUGGCCCUGGAUGGUGAGCGUGCGGGCCAACAGCACGCACGUCUGCGCGGGCACCAUCAUCGCCUCCCAGUGGGUGCUGACCGCGGGUCACUGCUUGACCCAACCCGACAUGAACUACACCGUGCGAGUGGGCAGCCCGUGGCUCGACGAGGUGACGGAGAAGACCGUCGACCUCCAGGUGCUGCAGGUCAUCGUGCACCGGAGGUUCCGGCCCGCGCGGUACUGGUCCUGGGUGGGCACGUCCAACAACAUUGGGCUCCUCAAGCUCCAGCGCCCGCUCAAGUACGACGACCACGUGUGGCCCAUCUGCCUGCCGGGCCUGGAGUUCGAGGUGGAGGAUAAAUCCGUCUGCGCCGUCACGGGCUGGGGCUACCCCAGGGCCGUCGGCGCGCUGCCCCAGUUCCGGACCAUCCAGGAGAGGGAAGUGGUCAUCUUGAACAGCCAGAAGUGCGAGGACUUCUACCACAGGUCGGCCAAGAUCCCGUCCCUGGUCCGAAUCAUCACCCCCCAGAUGAUCUGCGUCUCCGACAUCAACAGGGAGAAGUUCUGCUACGAGACCACGGGCGAGCCGUUGGCCUGCAGCUCCGAUGACUCCUGGUAUCUGGUGGGACUGGUGAGCUGGGGUGCCGGCUGCCACAAGACCGACUCCCCGCCCAUCUUCCUGAAAGUCUCUGCCUACCAGUCGUGGAUCUGGGACCGCAUGAGCGGGCAGCCCCUGGCCCUGCCGGCCCCGUCCAGGGCCCUGUUCCUGGCUCUCCCGCUGUCCCUUGGCCUCCUGGAGGCUCUGUGA